AUGCCCCCAGGCUGGCUUAAUCUCGAUGCGACUCCCGAGGAUGUCAUGUUCGGAGGCGAGAAGUCGGCUUGGCCGAGCCUCGAACUCACCAAGAUGCAGCGCCUGAUGGGCUUUGGCGCAUGCUUCGUCGGCGGAUUUGCUAUCUCGCUCCUUGGAGCCAUCUUGUUCUUGCUCGGACAAGGAGGCGCACUGGCAAUUCUCUUUGCGCUGGGCGCCAUCGUUUCCCUCGUCGGUACUGGUUUCCUCGUCGGUUUUGCCACACAAUGGAAGAUGAUGUGGAAGCCUGUGCGACUUGUUGCCACAAUUAUCAUGUUCGCGGCUAUUGUCCUUACGUUCGUCUCCGCGUUCGUCCUGCCUGCAGUCCUGUGCAUCAUCUUCGUCAUUAUUCAGUACCUCGCUAUGGCGUGGUACUCGCUCUCGUACAUCCCAUACGCCCGCACGGGUGUCAAGAACCUCGCGUCUGGUCUCUGGUAG